AUGGCGGCUUCUCGAAGAGGAACAGAUAGUGCCAAAAACAUUAUCAAAGACACUAUUCUUGAGAAACUCGAUGUGGGAACACUUCUGCGGAAUUCUUUUCAUACUUUCCGCAUAGUAGAUUUGGAGUCUUCAGUUGGACCUAACGCAUUUUUCACUGUUCAAAACAUUAUAGAUUCUUUGAACCUUAAAUUUGAAUCCCAACAUGCCUAUAGUACAGACUCGCUUGAAUUUCAAGUGUUCUUCAAUGAUCAUGUUGAUAAUGAUUUUAACACACUUUUCAAGUUCUUUCCUGAGGACAAGAAAUAUUAUGCCGCCGCAGUGCCAGGUUCAUUUCAUGGCAGGCUGUUCAUUGGCUCUCAAAGAGCCUUAGAGCUUGUUCCUGGGGGUAUCAUGAUUCUUAUCACCCGGUGUGUUCCCCCAAAUUCCUUGAACAUGUUCGAAGCUUUCGUAAAUAUCAUGGGUAACAUUCUUGUGGACAUGGCCAAUAAGGUUGAGAAGAAAUUGUCAUCAGAAUUCAACAUCCUUACAGACUCAAGAUACAAGGAGAUGGGAGAGUUAUUUAUCAUCAAGCGCAAUUAA